AUGGAACUCUUGAUUUUAUUUUUAAUAGAACUCAGUUGUACCUUGAGCGUGUUAAAAUCUGAUUAAUGUUUAGAUUGUUCUAAACUAAUUAGAAAGCAAGAUUGUGAAUAUGGAAAUUGUAUUUGGAGUAAUAAUGGUGAAAAUUCAGAGGGAUAUUGCAUUAAUAACGGUUCAGGUAUAGAUUCUGGAAAUUCUGAUGUUAAUGUAAGUUUUUGCAAGGGGAUAUCAAUUCCAGAAUAAAAUUGUUGGAAGGUAAAAGGAUGUGCAUACUACAAUUAAAGUUGCACAUUUUUUACAGGUUGCUCUGCAUAUUUUUUCCAUACAACAUUUGAUUGUUAACAUAUAUCAUCUUAAUGUAUCUCUGAAGGAGAUGGAUGCAUAAACGCCAAAUAGUGUAUUGAAUAUUUGACUUAAGAUAUUUGUGAGAAUUCAGGAAGUUCAAGUGGUAAAUAUAAGUCAAUAAAUAAGGGUCUGGUAAAUGUAAAUGGGAUUCUGUAAUUUAGAAAUGUCGAGAUGAAUUAUGUAGUGAAGCAGGAAUUGGAUUGACUACUGAUUAAGAAUGUUCUAAAUUUAGGUUUGGUUGCAUUACAAAAGGAUAAGGUUGUGCAGAGAGUCCUUUGAAGGAAUGCAAUACAUAUGAAAGUUAGGGUUAAGAAUGCAGUAAAUUAAUUGGAUCCGAUGGAGCAUGUGAAAAUUUAUAAGGUAGUCAAUAUUGUUAAUAAAAAAAAUGUGAAACUGCUCCGAAUAAUUAUAAAAGCGAUGAGCAAUGUGAUAAAUAUUUAAAGGGCUGUGUCAGUACAGGGAGAGGAUGCGUAUAAAAAUUGUAUCCCUGCACUUCUUAUCAAAAGGAUUGUACCAGUUAUGUAGGUUCAGAUGGAAUAUGUGAAUAUGAAGAAAAAUCAGAGAAUUGUAGAAGUCGUAAAUGUGAAAAUGGAUAAUUCAAUUCAGAUGAGGAUUGUAAUCAAUAUAAAAUUGGUUGUGUUAGUAAUGGAAAAACAUGCGCUGAUAGCUUAUAAAGUUGUUCUAGUUUCAAAGGAAAUAAAAGUUCUUGUUUAGGAUAUAUCGGUUUGGAUGGAUUAUGUAAAGGAAUAGAUGAUACUGAAUAGUAAUGUUAAGUUUAAGAUUGUGUUUUAGACAGCGAUAGCAAAUACUAAACAGAUGA